GCCGCUUCUUCUCUCUCCGAUUAUUUCGUUUCUACUAUACAGCCCAUUCCGGUGGCCGGAAACUGAGCGAUAAUGCUACUACUGCCGGAUGAGUUAGUUGUGGAAAUUUUGGCGUGGCUUCCAGGUAAGCAACUGGGUCGAUGUAAGUGCGUGUGCAAGCUUUGGCGAUCAAUUAUCGGGAGUCCCCUUUUUCGGGCGGUUUACCGGAGUCGUCAAAUGACCCUGAAUUUUUUUUGGCCGGAAAAAAACAUGGCUGAUGGCACGAGUUCUACCACCAGUGUACGGCUCCGGUACUAUGACUCAAAUCUCCGGCAGUUGAACAAGGAACAAAAAUUUAGUAGACAUGUUGAAGGUGUACCCUGGCGGUGUGCAAUUACUAUCCCGGACGGAUUGACCCAAUCAGUUAAUGGUCUAGUUUGUCACUAUGAUGAUGCAUCUGAAUUGAGUAUUUACAAUGUUUGUACUGGGCAGAGGAUGACACUUCCUCAUGAUCACCCCACUCCUGGAUCCUGUUUCCAUCUUGGGUAUGAUCCGAUGAGCAAGAUGUACAAAUUACUGAGAUUGAACUAUCAUCUCCUCCUUCGGAAUGCUAAACGAUCUAACCCGGUAGGAGCCGAUAUAAUGACGCUGAGGCCCUCCAAUUAUAAUAGUACAUCAUCAUGGAGGAAGCUAGACUUGAUUGAAUGUGGCCUUGGUGGUAUUCUUGGUGCCGUCAAGGAACCGCCGCCGUUCGAUGGAAGUUCUAUCUUGGGCAAUGAUGGUUUCCUAUGGUGGUACUCGACAUACCCAAAAUUACAACUAUUCACUUUCGAUCUAAACAAUGAGAUAUUUCAAAUGAUUGAGUUUCAGGAGGGCAUCAGAGGAGAUGAGUGGAGAUUAAUACAAAGCCCUGUUUUUACUCUGUCCAUGGGGCGGCCGGCUAUAUGGAGUGUUGGGCAAGAUGAUCCUUUCAGGUGUUUUACCCUCUUUGUGUUUGAAGAAAAUAAGCAAUGGAAAAAGCAUUGUGUACAGCUGCCUGAACAACUUGGGGAAGUGGCAUAUUUCGUUAUCAAUAUCGGAAACUUACCCACCGGUGAGAUUUUAUUCACGAAUGUUUGGUUGAGAAAUCAAGACCACUGCUGGCCUGUUUGUUCCUAUAACCACCACACCAAUAAGUUUGAGUGUUUCGUGAUUGAAAAUCUUCCUAUCCCUUAUAAGAUUCCUCAUGAUUUAGUUCGUGCAUAUAAUCAAAGCAUGAUUUGCUGCGAAAAAUUCUUUGUUCACACCUCGUUUCUACAAGAUAGUAGUAGUGUUUACCUAACACUGGAUGAUGUACUAAGUGGUGGGGGGGCUUUGAGCUGAUAAAGGAAUCAGGCGUUUGCACAUCUGAUGGGAGAUCUCUAAGUUGGCUGUUUUAGGAAUUAUAUGAGCUGAUGAUGAAGAUAUUAUCAGGUGACAAAAAGGCACUAGUUUGAACUCAAGUCCUCUUCUAUUAGUUUCUUUUGAAUUUUGGAUCC